CUGCUGAAGAGCAGAAGCAGAGUCCGGAGAGUCUGCUGUACUCAUGAACGCUCCGUAAAGCCAGACAUGGAGCUUGCAUCAGCGGUUGGUGCAGUGAGGAGUAACAGGGUACUGGUGGGUGACGAACUUCGUCCUGCUGUGAUUGUAAUAAAGGAUGGCAAAAUCCACCAGAUACUCUCACACAGGGACUUUUCUGGGGAUGUUGCCUGUGAGGUGCUGGAUGUGGGUGACAGUGUGGUGAUGCCAGGAGUUGUAGAUUGCCACGUACAUGUGAAUGAACCAGGCCGCACCUCCUGGGAGGGUUUCUGGACCGCCACCAAGGCUGCUGCAGCUGGAGGGGUGACAACGAUUGUGGACAUGCCCCUAAACAGCAUCCCUCCAACUACCACACUUGGUAAUUUUCAUGAGAAGCUGCAGGAGGCGUCGGGGAAGUGUUUUGUGGACACAGCCUUCUGGGGAGGUGUGAUUCCUGGCAAUCAGCUAGAACUUCGGCCCAUGAUCCAGGCUGGCGUGGCUGGCUUCAAGUGUUUCCUCAUCCACAGUGGGGUGGAGGAGUUUCCUCAUGUUGCCAACUGUGAUCUACACACAGCCAUGAAGCAGCUGCAAGGCACAGGAAGUGUCCUGCUGUUUCAUGCAGAGAGAGAUGUUGAGCAGACAACAAAGGAGAAAGGGGACCCUACUCAGUACUCCACCUUUCUGCAGUCCCGGCCAGAUGUCAUGGAGGUAGAAGCAAUUCGCGUCGUCACAGACCUCUGCCUCCAGUACCAGGUGCGGUGCCAUAUAGUACACUUGUCCUCUGCGAAGCCUCUGAAAAUCAUCCAGGAAGCUCGGCUGGCCGGAGCCCCCUUGACAGUGGAAACUACCCACCACUACCUCAGCCUGUGUGCAGAGGACAUAGAUGCAGGGGCCACGCAAUUCAAGUGCUGCCCCCCCAUCAGAGGAUCUGUUAACCGGGAGCAGUUAUGGACUGCACUGAAAACUGGGGAGAUUGACAUGGUGGUGUCUGAUCAUUCCCCCUGCACCCCUGACCUGAAGAAACUGGACAGUGGAGACUUCACACAAGCUUGGGGAGGAAUUUCUUCUCUACAAUUUGGUUUGCCUUUGUUCUGGAGUUCAGCUAGCAAGAGAGGCUUUCAGCUGUGUGAUGUGGCGAGACUCCUCAGCCGUAAAACAGCCCAGUUGUGUAGCCUUGACAACCAGAAGGGUGUCCUCGCCCCCGGCUACGAUGCUGACUUGGUCAUAUGGGACCCAGAGAGAGAAUUUGAAAUUAAAGAAGCAAGUGUGCAUCACAAGAAUAAGCUAACUCCUUACCUCGGCAUCACACUGCAGGGAGUGGUGUGUGCCACCAUUGUCAGGGGGCGGCUGGUGUACAGAGAAGGCUCCUUCUGCCCCGAGCCUCUGGGGAAGCUUCUCCUCAUCCCUCAGAGGAAAAGUCAAGCCCAGCUGUGAAGCAUAAUGACAACAACAAGCUGCUAGAGUCAACCUCAACGUUUCUGACUUAUUGUGUUGUCUGAAAGUGUUCUUCAUUUCUCUCACAGUGCUUUUCUUUACAUUUGAUUAUCUAAAAAUGUUUACAGCACAGUUUUAAUUUUUAACAGAUAGCAACACUUCUUAUUACCUUGUGGUGUUUGUUAUCACAAUUGAUCAAAAUUAAACAUUCCAAUUUGUGAUUAUCUGUAAAGCAGAAUUUUUCAAGGUUUUAUCGUUAUUAUAUUAUAUUUAUGAAGCCAGAGGAAGAAAACACGUUCCUUCUUUGAUGAGAUAUGACGCACAGCCAUUCUUUUGUUUUAUUGUUUUGGCAAGAUAUUUUCAAAUCAUUUUCCUUCAAUUUUGAAUGAAAGCUUACUUUACAUUACAACACAAGUUAUUCCUGCAGUUAUACAACAUAUCAUUCUAGAAAACUAAUCAUUUUUUGGAUGUUCUGGGCAUGUGGAUCAAACUGAGUGUACUAGAACUACUU